UUUUGAGAUUAUAAAGAGUUUAAAUAGCCGUGAGUAAGUAAGGAUCCUGCUACAGUUCUGAGUAGGUACUCCCGUAAAGUAUCUUAUUUACUAAAGUGUCUCAACUUAGUGAGCGAGUCUAGUUUAUAUAAAGUUGUGAAAAGCGCCACGAACAAGUAAAAAUGAAUAAUUACUGGAUGGGACUGUACCAAUAUUACACGGAUUCGUCUUUAGAGGACAUCUACAAUGUAUUGGAGAGUGAUGACUUAUCGGAUUGUGUGGUACUUGCUAGAAAUGUGUUAAAUAAAACUAACAAUUGGCUGGAGUUCAAUUUCAAUGAAAAAUCAACGUCGGUAUCUCAAAACUUUCUGCAACAUGGUUUGGUUUUAAUGUCUAAAGGCAAUGCUGAACUCGCAUUGUUAGGGUUUAAUACCGCACUGAUGUUUGCACCAAAUAAUUCUGAAAUCAUGCAAUUAGCAUAUUGUGGCAGAGCUGAACUUUUAUUGAAAUUUCCUGCGCACUGUUCUCUAAGUCUAAAUAAUAUUAAUACUUGCCUUGCAUUGAAUUGUCCACAAGAUUUAGUUGACAAAUUAACGAAGAUGAAAUCUACAGCCAGUAAAUCAGUACACAAAGAAAAAGAAGCAUUGGAAAAGGUAUCUACUCCGUUUACUAACAAUUUCUUCAAGCUCAAGGGCAACAAUGUGGACGUACCGUGUGCUACUCCAGAUGUAGACGUCAUAGUCGAAUCAGGACAAGUAAAAGUAGUUGCUGCUAAGAAUAUCGUGGUGGGGACGCUUCUCGCAAACGAGACAGCCUUUAUGGCUGCGACUCAUUCAAAAAAUGUAUUUACUUCAUGCCAUUAUUGUCUUCGUAUAUCACCUGAUUUGAAACCUUGUGAUGGUUGCUGUACAGCUUUGUUUUGUGACGAAAACUGCAAAGAAAAAUCUAUGCUGGAGGGACACGAUGUUGAAUGUAAAAUUGCAGAUAUCAUAGUGAAUGAUGUAAAAUUACCUUUCAAAACUGUUCUUAAGAUACGUCGGUUGUGUAACUCUUGGGAAGAAUUCAUUGCCGUGUCUAAUGAUUUGGGCACUGAUGGAAUAAAAAAUGAAAUAACAUCGAAGAUCUUCGGUUCCAAUAAGUUUUCUGUGUUGAAACCACGCGCUGACAACCCAUUUAUUCAUGGUAGAAUGUUUAAUAGAUGUAUGUGCAUUGUUAAUAUAAUUCAUUACUUGGAAACGAGAACGUCAUUCUUACCAGAAGGUUCAGAAGAGAAGGAAGCAGCCAUACGUGCAGUGGCUCGGAUAUUUUUGUAUCUGUCUCUGUAUUGUACACCAGUGAAAAUGUUGCAUGUCGCUCGUUACAUUUGUAAGGUUACAAUGCAACAACACGAUUACAAAAACUGUGGAUACUUUCCGUUGAUCGGGAAUUUGGCUCAUUCCUGUACACCAAAUACAUACGUGAUUGGGCUUCGCAACAGUGCAGCACUCAUAGCGUUAAAACCAAUAAAAAGAGGAGAGCAAUUAACAUUUAGUUACAUAGGUCAUUAAUUGGAACCUGUAACACAUGGAAUGGAGCGCGCUACAAAAUUAAAAGACAAUUAUGGGAUUGCGUGCGAAGACUGCGUUGUCUGUGAAUGUAAUAUACCACGAAACCAGUCACUGAAUCGAAAACAGUUGUCAGCCUUAAGGAACAUGCCCAGGACUGUCGCAUGCGAGAAUAAUACUAAAAACCUUUAUGAGGAAAUAUGUCGAGUUAUGUAUUUGCUAAACUCUGUUCCAUUUUCAAAUGCAUAUGCAGAGGUCUUCAAAGAAUUCAUUAGAUAUAUCGUAUUCUUUGUUGUGGUGAAUUAUACGAAUGUUCACAUACAUUAAAUAGUUUUAUAAAACAUUCAGUCUACUGUAUUGUACUUAGGGUUGCCACUUUUUAUUUUGGUAUUUAAAGUAUAUUGACGAUUGUAUUGUAUUGAUUAAAGGUAAGAAAAAAAAGUACGUAGUAC